GACGAAGCGGAGGCGGCUUCCUCAACUGGACUUCACCCUACCAUCGACAUCUUCGACGUGGACCCCGAGGAGUACGACCAACAUCGCCCCCUCCAGCAACCUUACGAAUGCAAGGAGGAGGAACAGACGGACAGCUACGUCGCAGGGGAGAGCCUCUCUCUGCUGUCUAGUCCAAUGCAGAGGGAAGCAGACAGGGAAUACGGAGAACACCUGCAAGACCUCCGCGACCUCCAGGCCGGUGACCUUGAAGUCAAAAGUGAGGCAAAAGAAGAACCUAUAGGGGAUGAUCCCCUUCACGCACUACCUACAGAACCGGAUGGACCCCCCCCGAGCCUCACGGAAAGACAGCGACGGCGACUACAGCAACUCUUUGAAGAUGGGGACAUCACCCGCCUCUCCGCCUCUGAGACAGAUGCUAUGGUCUGGCGAAGAUACAGGACACAACAGAAGCAGAACUACCGGUCGCAUAGAAGGGACAAGAGGCGCGCCGGGGACUGGCAACCCGACCGUAGGCGAGCUGGUGAAGAUCGUCGUGAGCAGAACGAGGACUACUGA